ACAGCUGAUCGCCAGUCGUCAGCUAUGCGCCACACGUUGACAACACACUGCACGAGUUUCACCUUGUUGUGAAGUUACUUGGACAGGGUGAACCUUAGACAGCACCGCGGAAAUGCCGAAGUACUGCUCGGUACCGAACUGCAGGAACGAGUCCGGGCCCGGCGGAGACCGGAAGAGCUUCUACAAGUUCCCUCUGCAGGACCCGGCCCGGCUGCAACAGUGGCUGAGCAACAUGAGGCGGGGGAACUGGACCCCCUCUCGACACCAGUAUAUUUGCCAUGAGCAUUUCACGCCUUCGUGCUUCAAGGUGCGAUGGGGCAUCCGUUACCUUGAGAGCGACGCAGUGCCCACCAUCUUCCAGGAGGUGGAGAUAAAACACACGGCUGAGUCUCAAAAUAAACGGGAAGCCACAGAUCACAGUGAGAGGAAUCCGAAACAGCUUCGAGCUAACAGUCAUCAAAGCACAGCAGUGGAGACGGACAGCACGUUACAAACGGUACACCUGUACGAGAUCACUGUGGACCCGCACCAGAGGGGGGGAACCAACCUGGUGGAGCUAAGUGAUGUUGAAGAACCUGGGCGCUCAGACUUAACCGGGGACGGAUUCCAAACGGCAGCUAAUUUCCCGUUAACUUUAUUCCAGACGGUAAAUGACGUGAGUAACAGCGGAGAGGUGGUGGUGAUGUCUGAGUCCCCUGCUGGUGAAGGGCAGGAGGAGCUCCUGAGUGGAAUCACCGCUGCACUUUUAACUCAGGGCCACGGGCUGGUCAUGAACGUCUCCACACUGGGCUGUUCAGGUGAGGGUGUACCCCCCCUCGGGGUUAAAGGUGUGACUUUUGCCACAGAGGAAAUCACCGGAGGACAUGAAACUCAAGUCAUCGCUUACUUUGAGGCGAUACCAAGCGCUCUCCCUGCAGAGAACCCCGCCCUGCCCUCCUUAUCCCCGGACACUAUGCUGUCCUCCGCUCUGAGCUCCAAGCCCAUCUCCUCCACUCUGCCCAUAGUGUCCAAACACCUGCCCCCCUCCCCCGAGUCCCUGGUCCUCACCAUGGAGAGACAGGACACAGAUGAGGGAGACGACGACAUGUCAGAAGAGGACGCCACGGAGCAGCAGUUGGAGGAGCACUGCUACCAUAAGAACAGUCUGAGUAAGGAGCAGUUGGAGGCCAUCGUGUCCGAGCUGCAGAAGAAGGUGAAGGUGCUGCAGCAGAGACACCGCCGACACCUGGAGAAACUCCUGGGCCUGGAGAACACCGUCAGCCAGCUGAGGCAGAACAACCUGCUGAACGAGGAGCGGCUCCAGCUGCUGGAGAAGGCUUACAUUCAGAGCAGUGCAGCAGUGUCAGACUCUGGAGAGACGGUGACCAUCAUCUAUGAAGCGGACGAUGCAGCAUACUUGUAUACUCCGCUGGUAAACGCAGACUAAGAGCUGUGAGACUGACUGUCCCCUCUGUGUGUCUGUCCACUGCCACAUAGCUAUUGCUGCUUAAAAAACAAAAUACUACCAAAUUACUUUCCCCGUUUACUAACUGAGAUUUGUGUAUGGAAUGUGGAGCUUUGCACACAUAUGGAUGAGUAGUAUGGGACAAGAUUGAAUGUGUUCUUUCUUUCAUAAGGUUUCUUUCACUGAAAAAAUGGUAUAUGUCAACAGAUUUCACAUAAUUGUAUUAGGUUAGGUAAAAGCAAUAAUAUUAAGUUUAAAUUAAAAAUAUUAGGUUCAACUUAAUGUUAUUGCUUAUGUUAUUUCAACUAACCUAUUUAAGUUAUGUGUAAUCUGUUGACAUAAUGCAUUUAAAGUCAACGUUUACAUUUUUUCAGUGUUCUGCUGCCAUUCCCCCUCUUACCCUCAACCACUCUUUGUUUGACUUCCAAGUGUUUUUGUUUGUGAUAAUGUAAAUAUCAAAUAAAAAAAAAUGAACUUCCA